GGUUUUUCCGAGAGUAGAGAGACUUUCCCCAACCCUUACAAACCCAUUCGAUUCAGGAUGACAAGUCAUAAAUUAGUUGCUUCGUUUUAUCCUCUAUUCUAAUUGGUUGUGGAGUCCAGCUCUGUGGAAUCUCCAGUUGGACCUAUCAGUGUGGGCUGCCGUGAUUGGCUGAUGCAGCGCUGCAGUGAGAAUGCAGGUUUCAAGAGCCUCUUCUUUUUUACUGCAUUACUCUGUCCGUCGAUACUGAGCCAGCUAACCGGCACAAUCUCACUGUAGCUCCUGUCUCAGUCUUAACCUCUCAGUAGAUGAUAUGCAGCAGAGAUGCAGCCAAGGUAGUAUCGAACUAAACUCAAGAUAUCAGUUCCAGGUGCAUCAUUCUUUAGUUUUUAACAGAAGUUACAUGUUAGUGGUUUAAGAGUUUGUCCAUUCAAUCGUUUUGAUUGGAACAGGUUAGUCCUGCAUAUUUGGCUGCAGUAAAGCUACAGCUAAAUUAAUGAUUUUGUUUGGGCAGAGUAGAACUUACGGUGUGCGUUGAUUGAAAGAAAGAAAAGUGCAACUAAUACUGACUGAUACAUCUGAGGAAGGAUGAUGACGGGAGGAGCACAGCUGAGUGCACACAGGAAAAGGGGCUUUUGGAGCUGAAGCAGUGACGCGGAAGAAACUUGAAGGACCCUCUUUUGCAUUCUGCGGUUGUCCUCACCUGCCCUCGCUGUGAAUUCUCUUUCUACCGGCGCAGCACUCUUACCUCGACUGACACCCACCUUUCUAAUUGUGUGUUGGCACCGGCUUUUCAGCACCCAUACGAGCAUCAGUCUAGAGACGAGGAUGCUGCAGAGUGUGUGGACUUCCCUAUGCCAAUGGUUUGUGGGAAGGACAGAGUGUGAGCCCGUGGGAGCCCAGUCACCGGAGGAGAGCGAAGCAGAGGUUGCCGUCAGUGGAAAGACUGCCAAGGAAACUGGACUCGAGGGAGACCUUGACACAUCUGCCAGGGAUGACAAGGGCAGGAGUGAUGGUGCACCUGCGAAGAAGACCACAGUGUUAAUCAUGGUGGUGCCCCCUGAUGGCUUUCAACAGAAAAUAGUGAAAGCGGGAGACAAGGACCUGGACGGCCAGCUGGACUUUGAGGAGUUUGUCCACUACCUGAGAGACCACGAGAAGAAGCUUCGGCUGGUCUUCAAGAGCCUGGACAAGAAGAACGAUGGUCACAUUGACUCGCAGGAAAUCAUGCAGUCCCUUCGAGACCUGGGGGUUAACAUCUCUGAGCAGCAGGCUGAGAAGAUCCUCAAAAGAAUAAGGAAGGGCCUUGUCUGGGCCCCUAUCAUGUACAUGGACAAGAACGGCACGAUGACCAUCGACUGGAACGAGUGGAGAGACUACCACCUGCUGCACCCUGCUGAUAACAUUCCUGAGAUCAUCCUGUACUGGAAACACUCUACGAUCUUCGAUGUUGGGGAGAGUCUGAUGGUCCCAGAUGAGUUCACCGCCGAGGAGAAGAAGACUGGGAUGUGGUGGCGACACCUAGUGGCUGGAGGGGCAGCUGGCGCCGUGUCUCGAACCUGCACAGCACCUUUGGACCGGCUCAAAGUGCUCAUGCAGGUUCACGCCACCCGUACCAACAGCAUGUGCAUCGCCGGCGGCUUCACCCACAUGAUCCGUGAGGGCGGCAUGAGGUCGCUAUGGCGAGGCAAUGGCAUGAACGUCAUCAAGAUUGCCCCAGAGUCGGCCAUCAAGUUCAUGGCUUACGAGCAGAUCAAACGGUUGAUAGGCAGCAACCAGGAGACCCUGGGCAUCCUGGAGAGGUUUGUGGCUGGAUCCCUGGCUGGAGCCAUCGCUCAGAGCAGCAUCUACCCCAUGGAGGUGUUAAAGACCCGCCUAGCCCUGAGGAAGACGGGACAGUUCUCUGGCAUCGCUGACUGCGCCAAACACAUCUUCCGAAAGGAGGGCAUGGCCGCCUUCUACAAGGGCUACAUUCCCAACUUGAUAGGCAUCAUCCCCUACGCUGGCAUUGACCUGGCCGUCUACGAGACUCUGAAGAACUCGUGGCUGCAGCGCUACGCCACAGACAGUGCAGACCCGGGGGUGUUUGUCCUUUUAGCCUGCGGUACCACUUCCAGCACCUGUGGCCAGCUGGCUAGCUACCCCCUGGCCCUGGUCAGGACCCGCAUGCAGGCACAAGCCACCAUCGAGGGCGGUCCCCAGAUGACCAUGUCAGGGCUGUUUAAACACAUCGUGAAGACUGAAGGUGUGUUCGGACUCUACCGGGGCCUGGCCCCCAACUUCAUGAAGGUCAUUCCAGCAGUCAGCAUCAGCUACGUGGUCUACGAGAACCUCAAGAUAAGCUUGGGGGUCGUGUCUCGGUGAUGACCAGGAGGAAAGGGAGGGAGCACCUCCCCUAAAAGCCAAAGGGUUCUUUUUUGCUUUUCUUUUUGGAGAGAAAAAGAGGAGAGCGAGGAGUAGGAGACUGAGUGAGAAGAGUUUCCAAGCAGCGGAGCAGGAAACAACCCCUUCUUUGACUAGGAAAGAAGAGGUUGUUGCUGGGACUGUUGGAAACGUUGUCUCAUUCUGUGAAUGUUAUGAGGAGAGGUGGGUCGAGGUGGAUGGAAGGGGGAGAUGUAUACUAAAACACUAACAACUAAAACGGGGUUCUCCAACCCUGUUCCUGGAGAGCUACCGUCCUGCAAAAACUCCAGGAGGGUAGCUCCAACCCCCCCAUCAGGAACAGGGUUGGAGAACUUUGGACUAAAAGAAGUGAUGGACGGAUGUGGAUGGACACUGUGACUUGGAGGGAGGUAUGGGGAUCCUCUCUUAUAGAUGUAACCUUUAAUCAUCAUUAUUUAAUGUGUUAUUUUGUUAUCAGUCCAGAGGCACUUCACCAUGAGUCCACUGUUGGCUUUUUUUUAAUCAAACUCGAAGACCCAGGUUAACUAAAAAGCAAUCUCUUCACUGGAACACCAACAUUCUCCAACCAGCUUGAAGUUUGCUAAUAAUAAUGUAUUUAGGGACCAAGAAGCCGCUUUUGUUCGUGACUUGCAUUGUGGCAGGUUUGUGGGAACUGGGGACUGACAAAAUCAACUGGGGGAACACAUAUCAAGUAAAUGUUUGACCCUUCGUCCCAUAGUACUAUCCUAUAGGUGGCAGUAUUGGUUAACCUAUCUGGCUUGUGAAAGACAACCAAAGCCCAAUUCACAACGAAGGGCUUUUUUGAUUGUCAUCUAAAAUGUUCUUAUGUAUUAUCUGUCCCCCUUUAACGCAGCACUCCCCAAUUCAGCAACUAUUAGGGCACUAGCUAUGGCAAAUUUGUCUCGAGAGAGAGAAACCUCAACUCAGAAUUUUGGUUUAACUUAUUCAUUCCUGUAUUGUUUUGCCCCAUUCAAAAGAAAUCCAAACUGUGGUUUUCCUUUUUCUCAUUGUUUGACUUGAUAAGAAUGUUAAACUGAUUUGAACUGAAAAGGUGAUGCAGGUUGAAUGCCCAUAGUGUCUUAUGGUCCACUUAGUCUUAAAACAGCUGGUAAGAAGAUGUGUGUGUCUUGAUGCUAAUUUAUUUUCGUAUUGUAACCAGAUAUUUAUUUAAAUGUGGUCCGUACAGACAGCACUAAAAUAAUAGAUGCUGCUAGCAUAUAAGUUUAGUUACAAUACUAUAACAAACAUAUUCAGCAACUGUUUAUGUAUUGUAUUUAGCAAUUAUGAUGCAACACACAAUGAUUAGCCUACCCAAUGGUUAAGGUUUGGGGUGUUACGUUGUCACUACCUGUUUAACAUUUCGGACAGGAAGUCCUGAUUUGACAUUUGUUCCUCCGGACCUUCCCUGCACCUGAAGUCUACAGUCUGUAAAUGUGUGAAUAUCCAGGGUGCAGGAUAUUCCAUGUUCCUUUUCAAUAAGUCUGUAAGGGCGUGAUGGCGUAGUGCAGCCUUAGUCAAAGUGCAGUGCAGUGGGAGACACCGCAUCAGCAAGUGUGGGAGUGCUCUGUCCCCAGUGCCGCAGAAUGGAGAAAAAUAUCUGCAAUGGGACAGGGCAAUGGUCUGUGUGAAUGAGGACCUGUGUGCAUGAGGUCUCUCGUUUUGCUCCAUUACAUUUAAACUGCAAUGAGCAAACACUUCUACCACCAAGCUUCCUCUCAGUGCACUUAAACAAGAAACACUUAAUGCACUUUAAGGUCAUUUUCUUUAACUUGAACUUUCUUUAACCAGACUUGAAUCUUUUUUUUUUUUUUUUUUACUGAAAUCAAAUGAGGGAUUGCUAGCAUUGCAUUGUGAUGUUUUUUUUUUAAUCAUACAUUUGACUGAAAUUAUUAAUAUUAAAGGCCCAGUGCAGUCAAAAACAAGAUUUUCUUGUGUUUUAUAUGUAUAUUUCCAUACUGACGUUGGAAUAAUACUGUGAAAUUGUGAAAAUUAUAAUGCCCUUUUAGUAUAGGAGCUGUUUGAAAAGACUGCCUGAAAAUUCAGCUUGUUUUGGUAGGAUGGAGUUUGGCCUUCCAUGGUGACAUCACCAUGCGGUAAAUUAGUUAAUAGACCAAUAAAGAGUACCAAACCUCUCAUAACAGCACAUUUUUGGUUUUCCCCUCCUAACUCAGACCAUUCCCAGACAGUCCUAGCGAAAUUCUUGCUUGAGAAAUUACUCUUUGAUAAGAAGCUAUUUUUGUUUUUUUUUGAUCAUUUUAAUUGAAAACAAUCCCAGUAAGGUACUUAAUUGUUACCAAGAAAUUAUUUGAUAUUGAGAUAAAAAUGGCUGCAUUGGACCUUUUUAAGUGUUAUAUGGACCAUGAAUCGAGGCUGAUAUGUUAUUUGUUGUAAGGCUUAAUGUCUCAAAAGCUGUUUGUCCUGUAUGCUGACGGCCUUAUUUUACCUGAGAUCCAUGAAUCAACUUUUUGAUUCAUGGACUCAGUUUCCAGAGGAUGGAGAGAGAAAUUGGUCUAAGUCAUUUAUUUUGUUCCAUCCUCAGGGAGAAAUUAGUAGUUUGGGGCUUUCAGUGUUCUGAAAAACACAUUUUCUCAUAAUUCCCCCUGUCAAUGUUUCCCAUUGUUCACUAGGCAGUGUCAGUUUUCCUAGUCUUCACUGUUCCCUCACUGCAUGUAUUUAUAAAGGGGAAAUUAUAUGCAUAAACAUGAUGACACAUGGUUGUCAUUAUUUGGCUAAAGGCUUUUUCUGCUUGGCACAGCUCCACAAAAAUAAGUUAUCUUUUACACUUUUGCUUUAGUGCAAAUAUCAGAGCCUGAAUCCAUAUAUUCUGUCCACAAGAGGAUGGAAAAGGCUGUGUCUAGUAUUGUACUCCAACUAAGGAUACCACUCCAUACUGCCUGAAAUGUAGCUCCUUCUCCUGCAUUGACGAGCAGGCAAUCAGACUAGUUGCUUUUGUAAACUUGAAAUGUACUGCACAUGGUCCCCCCGUUUAUUGCUUUAGGCUGAAAUGUAUAGUAUCUAUAUAUUAGUCUUUUAGAUGGUCUCUUUUGAAUCAAAACAGCUCAUUCCUGGUAUCUAAAUAUUUUACUAAACAUAUACAGACUAAAUCCUGAUUAUAUUUAGAAAAGUAUUGAAAAAGUAUGUAAUUGAAAACAAUUGUUGUCCUUUUGUAGAAUAAUACAUCUUUGUUGAAGGAAUGUAAAGCUAAAUGGAUUCAUGCUUAUGUUUUAAAGUAACUCAAUAUUA